UCCAGUAUCAAACCGUCAGUCGAACUAGAACGACGCGCUCCAAACGCGUACAACCGCGGUCGCGGGAAACCUACGUAAUGGCGGGAAAAUUGUGAAUAUAGUAAAUGAAUAUACAUACACCAGUUUUGAUGAAGAUCAAAAUAAUCAAGUGAAAGUUCUAAAAUUUGCGCAACAUGGAAAUUUUAAGAGGGAUCACAGUAAAAAUACAUUUAUGUUGGUUUAUACUGAUUGUAUCACUGACCGGUUCAACGGGCGAAAAGUUUACUUUAGGAUAUCUGACUGGAUCACAACGUCGGCCCGGAGACUUCAGCUAUUCAAAGCCCGGAAGAGUUAUUUCAGGAGCAAUUUCCAUGGCAGUGGAUGAAGUAAACAAAGAAUUGUUGGGACCUAUGGGACAUUCAUUGGACUUUGUCGUCGCUGAAACGUACGGACAAGAAGAAGUGUCUAUUCGACAGGUAGCAGCAUUGUGGGCAGCCAACGUGUCUGCAUUCAUCGGACCACAGGAGACGUGUGUGCACGAAGGUCGGAUGGCGGCCGCUUUCAACCUGCCCAUGAUUAGCUACUUCUGCCGCGACGUGGCGAGCUCUGACAAGCGCGUGUACGCGACGUUCGCGCGCACGCGGCCCUCAGACAUCGACAUCUCCCGAUCAGUGGCGGCCGUGCUCACGCAUUUCAAUUUCAUGCAUGUGGCGUUCGUGUAUCUGAAAGCCCAGAAUCAUGAUUUUUCACGGCUGGCGCGCGCAAUUAUACAAGCUGCGAGAGAGAAACAAAUAUCGGUCCGAACCGUCCAAGUUUAUAGGCAGCCGUAUUAUUACGAAAACAGAAAAGAGAAUUUCUCACGGAAUCCAUUUUUGGACAUCGUUCGAGACACAUACAAAGACACGAGAAUAUACGUCUCCGUGGGAUACUAUCACGACCACAUUGGUCUCAUGCUGGCACUGGACGCAAUGCAACUACUAGAUUCCGGUGAAUACGCCGCCAUCGGUGUAGAUGUUGAAAAAUAUGAGUCGGAGCAAGCAAUACGCUAUCUGACGGGGCCGCUGCAAAGGGAGCCGUCGCCGCGGACGCUGCGCGCGUUGCGUUCGUACCUCGCCGUAGCACCGUCACCAGCCCCGUCCUACCCGGCCUUCGCAGCUGAAGUGAACAGGAGGCUACAAAUGCCGCCCUUCAAUUUCCCUAAUCCAUUACUUUCGUUCGGAGGAGGCAAAGUGAUACCAGUGGAAGCGGCAUGGCUGCACGACGCGGUGUGGGUGUACGCGCGCGGGCUGGCCGCGGCGCUGAGCACGGGCGAGGGCUCGCGUGACGGCCGCGCGAUAGCCGCUCGCAUGAGAAACAACACUUACCGCAGCGUUAUGGGUUACUGGAUCCACAUGGAUGAAAAUGGUGACGCAGAGGGGAAUUACACACUUUUGUCGAUUGACGCUACGAAGCCUCCGGGACUGUAUCCUCUUGCUGUUUUACACAAAUCAUCACCGGAGGUCAGAUUCCUUCGUGAGUUGCAGUGGCCAGGUGGACAAGUGCCGCUUUCAGAACCACCAUGUGGAUUCAGAGGAGAAAAAUGCGUCAGCCAUAUUGGUGCGUGGGCACUCGGUGCGUCUGGAGGGACCCUGGCCUUACUCGCACUGGCCGCUCUCGCUCUAUACAGAGGAUGGCGUUACGAACAGGAACUUGACUCCCUUCUCUGGAAAAUAGACUUUAGAGACUUACAUUUGCCGGACGACGAGCACCGAGGCAACAAACUGAAUAGCAGUGCUGGCGCCAACAUCAAUUCCUCAAAUAACGCAGCUGGAAACAACGAGAAGAAUGGAGGGGGAAGCACGGGCGGAGUUCGAUCUAGUCAGGUGUCACUAAGUUCCAAUCCGGACUUGGACUUUCGAUACUCAGCGAUUUUCACUGAAGUAGCGUUUUAUCGCGGCCGGCUGCUCGCAGUGAAGCGAGUGCGAAGGCAUCAUAUAGAUAUUAAUAGAGAAAUAAAAAAGGAACUUAAAAUUAUGCGCGAUUUACAACAUGACAAUGUAAACGGGUUUGUGGGCGCCUGUACUGAGCCGCCAAAUGUUUGCGCAUUAUCAGAGUACUGUACGAGAGGCAGUCUAAAGGAUAUUCUGGAAAACGAUGAUAUUAAACUUGAUAAUAUGUUUAUUGCUUCUUUGGUGGGAGAUAUCAUUAGGGGAAUGAUAUUUAUUCACGAGUCGCCAUUGCAAUAUCACGGGGCGCUACGGCCUUCUAAUUGCUUAGUGGAUGCUCGAUGGGUGGUCAAGUUAGCAGAUUUCGGAUUAAAUGAAUUUAGGAGGGGAGAACUACCUCCAUCCGAUCCAAAUGGGUUACGAUCUCACAUUGAUAAUCUAGUCUAUUUAUCGCCGGAGCUGUUACGGUCUGCAGGGUGGGGUAAAGACGGGUUCAUACUAGAGGACUCACGGCACGGUUCGCCGGCAUCCGACGUGUAUGCGUUCGCUCUAGUACUAUACGAGAUGCAUUCCCGCCGUGGGCCGUUCGGCGCAGACGCCCCUCCGACCCCCACGCUGCUGCGGAGACUCGCCAUACCGGACCCGACGCCUUACAGACCUCCUCUGGACGCUCUCGCUGGUCGAUUCGACUGUGUGAGGGAAUGUUGUUCCGAGUGUUGGGCGGAAGAUCCCGUCGCCAGGCCAGACUUCAAAGCCAUACGUACGCGGUUACGUCCUUUACGUAAGGGCAUGAAACCAAACAUUUUCGAUAAUAUGAUAGCUAUGAUGGAAAAAUAUGCAAACAAUUUAGAGGCUCUAGUCGAUGAAAGAACUGAUCAACUACAAGAGGAGAAAAAAAAGACUGAGGCUUUGUUAGAAGAGAUGCUGCCAGCGCCAGUGGCCGAGCAAUUGAAACGAGGACGCCGAGUGUUGCCGGAAAGCUACGACUCGGUUACCAUUUACUUCAGUGAUAUCGUUGGCUUUACUGCCAUGUCUGCAGAAAGUACUCCACUACAAGUGGUGGACUUUUUAAACGACCUUUACACUUGUUUUGAUUCUAUACUAGAAAACUUCGAUGUUUAUAAAGUAGAAACCAUCGGCGACGCAUACAUGGUUGUGUCGGGGUUGCCGAUCCGCAACGGCAUCACGCACGCGGGCGAGGUGGCGUCCAUGGCGCUGGCGCUGCUCGCCGCCACGCGCGCCUUCCGCGUGCGACACCGGCCCGACCAGCGCCUGCUGCUGCGCGUCGGACUGCACUCCGGUCCAGUCUGCGCCGGCGUCGUAGGACUUAAAAUGCCCCGAUACUGCCUCUUCGGAGACACGGUUAACACAGCUAGUCGUUUCGAAUCAACAGGAGCACCACUUAAAAUUCAUUGCAGCGGCGCUUGUAAGGCACUCCUAGACCAAUUAGGCGGAUAUAUAUUGGAGGAACGAGGGAUAGUGUCCAUGAAAGGGAAGAGAGAUCAGCUGACGUAUUGGUUGCGAGGCGAGGACGCAUGCGCGGCCGCCGCACGCGCGCGCCGCCGCGCCGUGCGCCUCGUGCGCGCCGACGGGGACGCCAGCGCCGCCAGCGACAAACGUGGGCAGCGGAGCUCUUUGAAAAGCCGCAACUGGAAGAAUCAAGUUGGAGGACUACAUAGAUGUUGCAGUUUAGAAUCUCCCAAGAAGUUACGAUUCGCUUCUGGGAACCAUCUGGAGUCACAUACAGACAGCGUUCUACACCAUCGGAGUGAUGAAUAUCUAAUGGAGGUGGUCGGCGAGGGACGUUUGGUACCAGCACAACGCGGAGAUUUACUAGAAGCCCCCAGUCUUCGGCAAGAGUACACUAGUGUGUCGUGUCCUAUUAUAGAACACACAGAGUGUCCGCCGGCGCUACCGACACCACCCACGGGUACACCUCUCCUGGCACAAGAAACGAAACCUUGCGACAUAAAACUUGUCAUCAACGGAUGUUCUUAUACGGAAAGGGACGGUGCCGGCAUACCCCUUCUCGCAGACGCAUAAUGUAUUUCGAUCUCACAUCGUAAGUUUUAUACGCCGCCGAUCUAGUUCGAUGUUCGUAUUAUGCUCUUAUGAGCAUCGAACAGAGACCGGCCCCGCUCGCGACCACGCGCCACGCACCGCUCGGGCGCCGCUCAGUGAUCUACGUCAGUAUUAUUAAGAGACCGGUUCGAUAGAAAUUAUUUAAUAACAUUAAACUCUUAUUUCACAAUUGA